AUGUCUUCCCCAUCGUCUUAUGAAGAUGAUGUCAUAGAUGAUCAAAUAGACGACACUUUUGAAGAUAUGUUCGACCAAAAAUUUGGUCAAAUGUACGACGCAAUCGUUCAUGGUGCAGCCAACAAGCAGAACAAACAAGCUUAUAUCGAAAGAGAGCGGGAACAAGGACACAAUCAACUAUGGAACGACUAUUUCAGUGAACAUCCUACAUACCCACCAGAAAUAUUUAGGCGGUGUUUUCGAAUGAACAAGCCAUUGUUCCUUUCCAUUGUCGAUCGCAUAAGUAAUGAAGUUCCAUACUUUGAGCAAAGACGAAAUGCUCACGGGAGGUACGGGCUAUCUGCACUUCAAAUGUGUACUGGAGUUAUAUGUAUGCUCGCAUAUGGUCAAGCAUCAGAUACGUAUGACGAAUAUCUCCGACUUGGUGAGAGUACUGCAUUUUUAUGUUUGGAAAAAUUCAACGAAGGGAUAAUACAAUUGUUUGGAGAUGAGUAUCUACGAAAACCUACAUCAGAGGAUCUUCAUCGAUUACUCGAUAUUGGAGAGGUUCGCGGAUUUUCAGGAAUGAUAGGCAGCAUCGACUGUAUGCAUUUGGAGUGGAAAAACUGCCUAAGGUCUUGGAGAGGACAGUACACACGAGGUCACGGAAAGCCGACAAUUGUCUUAGAGGCUGUGGCAUCAUAG